AUGAGAUCCGUCCGUUUCCAUGGCCGUGGUGACGUCCGCGUGGAUACAAUUGAGGAGCCUACGUGUGGAAAAGGCCAAGUGAAGUUGAGACCAGCUUUUGUUGGAGUCUGCGGUAGCGAUCUCCACGAAUACAGCGGGGGUCCCGUAUUAAUCCCCGGCAAGCCGCACGGCAUCACUGGUACGAGUCUGCCGGUCUCAAUCGGCCAUGAAUUUGGUGGCAUUGUCGAGGAAGUAGGCGAAGGCGUGACGCAUGUCUCCCCCGGGCAGAAAGCAGUUGUGAGACCUACCAUCUUCGACGGGACAUGCGCAUCCUGCAAACAAGGAUAUCAGUACUGCUGUGAGAACAUUGGGUUUAUCGGGCUGAGUUUUGGCGGUGGCAUGUCGGAGCACAUAGUCGCUCCGGGAGGUCAUUUCUAUGCAUUACCCGACGACAUCUCUCUGGAAACUGCCGCCUUGAUCGAGCCGCUGGCAGUGGCAUGGCACGCAGUCAAUCUGUCGCCGUUCAAGAUGGGCGACUCCGUGUUUAUCAUCGGAGGUGGCCCUAUCGGUAUAGGCAUUGUGCAAGUUCUCAAGCUGCAAGGCGCCAAACACAUCAUCGUGGCCGAGGUGACGGAGAACCGCAAGGUCUUCUCGCGGGAGUUUGGUGCAACGCAUGUUCUUGACCCGAAGGAGGUCGAUAUCCCGCAGAAAGUGAGAGAGUUGACAGACGGCAUUGGAGCAGAUGUUGUCUUCGAUGCCGCUGGUGUGGAAGGCGCACUGAACUCGGCCAUCCUUGCAUGCCGCACUCACGGAACUAUUGUCAAUGUCGCCGUGUGGGAGAAACGGCCCCAUAUCAAUGUGAAUGACCUGAUGUAUAAAGAGAUUAAAUAUACUGGAGCUGCUCUAUAUGAUGAGAGCGCCUUCACAAACGUCAUCCAAGCCUUGUGUCAUGGGCAAUUGAAACCAGAAAAGAUGAUCACAGGGAAGGUCAAGCUAGACGAAGUCGACGAGAAGGCAUUCCAAGCACUGAUCAAAGAUCGAGAUGGUCAUUGCAAGAUCUUGGUAGACGUCCAAGGUUGAAGAUUCUCUCCUUAUAGGGUCACUCGGCCGGGGUCUUGGAAGGUUUAACCUUGUUGCAAUUCUAUAACUGCGGACAAUGGAAAGCAUUACGAUACCAGUGGCAGGCCGAAGGUGCAGACUGCGUGUGCAGAUAUUGGUUCCCUUGCAAUCGAACAAUAUGCUGGCUACCGCAAUAACAGGGCUGCUCGUUUUUAUACUUGGCCACUGGCUUUACUAUUGUGAACAGUUUAUUGCCUCUGGCUCUGGUUUGUGAUAUCCCUUGAGCGUAAAGGCAAAGGCAGCUAAGCGAGCAUAAUAAUACAGACUACUUAGCAAUUCUUUUCCAUGUGUCUCCUGAUUCUGU